CUCUCGCCAACAAACAUAUGCAUAGGGAAACGAGAUUCUUUCAUUUCUUUUUCUCUGUCUAAAAUCUCUCUUCACAGUGGCGCUAUUCAGAGAGAGAGACAAAGCUUCUACUCAAUAAUAAGAGGCUUCUCUAUCAAAACCAAAUUAAAAUAAAGCGUGUUAUUCACUUCUUAGAAACAAGUUUGCGGAAUCUCAAGAAGAAAGUAUCGUGCCAGGGGUAUUCAAGUAAUUUCAACUCAUUUCUCCUCCAUGUUCCUAUCUACUAACUUAAACGCCAACAACAACGAUACUCCGUUUCUCUCCGGCGGUGGCGCCAAGUUCUCCUUCAUGACUGCGGUCGUCACGCCUUCGACUACGGCGGUGCUCUUCACGGCUUUGGCCGGCAUCGCUUUCGUCGCCGUCGUCUUCUAUGGUGCAAGUAGGUAAAAACCAAAGACUCCUCAAAUGAACGAAUUAGAGAAAGCAUAAUUGCAAUCGCAAAAACCCUAGCUCACUACUUCACUCUGACUCAGGCAUAGAUGACACUGUUUUCGAUUUCGAUUUCGAUUUCGUUACAAUAAAAAAAGGAACAACUAUACGAAAAUCAAAAGUGUAUAUAGAAGGAAUUUAUAGAUGAAUCCCCUUAGACGAAGUAACAAUUCAUCUUCGUCGUCUUCAAAUUCUUCUCCUUCAUCAUCGUCGUCGUCGUCUUCAUCCUGGAUCCAUUUGCGUUCGGUUCUAUUCGUUGUUACUUCUUCCUCACCAGCUUCUUGUUCAUCCUCUGAUCGUGGUCGUCUUAAAUCACCAUGGUCACGCCGGAAAAGAAAACACGUCCUUUCUCCUCAGCAAUGGAAAAGCUUGUUUACCCAAGACGGAAGAAUUCGCGAUGGUGGAAUUAAGUUCCUGAAAAGAGUUCGCAGUGGAGGUGUUGAUCGUAGUAUAAGAACUGAAGUUUGGCCUUUCCUACUUGGAGUAUAUGACUUGGACACUACCAAAGAAGAAAGAGAUGCUAUACGAACUCAAAAUAGAAAGAAAUAUGAGAAACUUCGCAGGCGAUGCCGGCAACUGCUAAAUUCCAACAGUGGGAGCUUUAAAUUCAAUGAAAUAGGUGAAAUCAGCUAUGAAGGAGAUGGUGCGAGCCUUAAUCAAGAUUCGGGUUCUCCGAGUUCUGAAGAUGCAGCGAGUGCCAGAGAAUCCCUUUCCAGUGAGGAACAGAGCCCAGACGUUGAAUAUUCAGAUGAUCCAUCCAUUUCCCUGUUGGAAGGAGACGAUGUUCCCAACAGCAGCAAUGCCGAUACCUCUGCUCUCGAUACAGAUUCCACUGAUUCAGAUUCCUCAGAAAGUCCUGAGGUAAUUCAGACAUUUCCCUCUGAUGAUGGUUCGGAAGAGAACAAUUCCAACACAACUUCCAAGGAGAAUUCUUCUCCAUCUCAAAUGAAAGGCUCGUCCAAACUACGAACUAGUGAAGACUUUGCCACAUGGCAACGGAUCAUCCGACUCGAUGCAGUACGCGCCAAUGCAGAAUGGAUGCCAUACUCUCCCUGUCAAGCUAUUGUACCAGAAAGCAGGGCUCAUCGAUCUGCUGAGGCUGUUGGCUUGAAGGAUUAUGGUCACCUAGAUGCUGGCAGAAUCUAUCAUGCUGCUCGGUUGGUUGCUAUUCUUGAAGCAUAUGCACUAUACGACCCUGAAAUUGGCUACUGUCAGGGUAUGAGUGAUCUGUUAUCUCCUAUUGUUAGUGUUAUAUCAGAAGAUCACGAAGCAUUCUGGUGUUUUGUUGGAUUUAUGAAAAAGGCUAGGCAGAAUUUCAGGCUUGAUGAGGUGGGUAUUAGAAGGCAACUUGAUAUAGUUGCAAAAAUAAUAAAGUUUAAGGAUUCCCACCUGUUUAGGCAUUUGCAGAAGCUCCAAGCCGAGGAUUGCUUUUUUGUGUAUAGAAUGGUGGUGGUUUUGUUCAGAAGGGAGUUGACAUUUGAGCAAACUCUCUGCCUUUGGGAAGUAAUGUGGGCAGAUCAAGCAGCAAUCAGAGCCGGUAUUGGGAAAUCUGCCUGGAGCAGAAUUAGACAACGUGCUCCGCCAACAGAUGAUUUAUUGCUUUUUGCAAUAGCAGCCUCAGUGUUACAAAGAAGGAAAUUGAUCCUUGAGAAGUAUAGCAGCAUGGACGAAAUCAUUAAGGAAUGCAAUGGCAUGGCAGGACACCUUGAUGUUUGGAAGCUCUUGGACGAUGCUCAUAACUUGGUGGUCACCCUUCACGAUAAAAUGAAAAUAGAGGCAUCAUUCCAUUGACUGCAGCUGAUGCAUAAACUACUUUUAUAUUGUCGUUGAAAGAUCUUUACUUUCGGGCUGCUAGGUUUCUCCUCUGCAUCUGAAAAUAAGUACUGCAACUGCUGGGUUUAUUACAACGAAUCUUGCUGCUUGCUGAAACUUGCCACUGCUUAGUUACGAUCUUCAGUUUCGAUAAUGUUGUUGGCUAAUGUGGAGAAUGAAGUUAGUUAGAUUUACAUUUUUUUUUUCUUUUUCUUUUGGCUCUAUCCUUUUUAUUGCAAUUCUUAUUUGUGAUAUGUCUCGGAACACCUUUGCGAAAAGCAGGUGGGUAGUGCAUGUAACCGUUAGUAGAAGACACUGAAAUUUCCUCGACAAUUACGAAUAUUGUCCUUUUUGACUAAAUCCGAACUCAUGAAUCCGUUGACUCUUUUA